UGGGACAUCAAGUCUAUGUCCACCAAACUCAAACUUGACGCUAAAUUAAUCGGCCUAACCUCCGACAAGUGGGAAUCUCUACAGGACCUUAAAAACAUUUUCAAACUCAGCCUUUCAGAGCCGUCGUGUUUGCCUCGGUGGAACGAUGAUAAAUGGUUUGCCAUGCAGAGAUUGCAGGGACUGAAUCCUAUUUCUAUACAGCUCUGUUUGGAAAUUCCUGAAAGCUUUGGAGCUAAUGUGUUUGAGUUAGAGCCAAUGUUGGAGAACCUGACACUGAGAGACGCGUUAGACGCACAUCGCAUAUUCAUUGUGGACUUGAAGAUUUUGAAAAAUCUUCCCUGCAAAGAUGACAGAACA